UAGGCUUUUUAUUAAUCUGAAUAACAAAGGUACAAGUAGGUGAAAUAAAAGGAAAAAAUAAAGUAGUUCACCUACCCACUACUUUACUAAUUGAAACCCUCCUUGUUCUGUGUCUUCAUCUAUGUCUUCUUCGUCCUUGUGAAGAUGAUGAAGAGGCCCUAAAAUGAUGAUGCUUUGGAGAGAUGUCUCCUGCUAUAAUGGCUGUUUCAAAAUUAUGCUCUAAGAUUCUGCUUGUCCCCCUCUACUUGUGGAUGUUGUCUUGCUGCUGUUUAUGCUGGAAUGGUUUGUGCUCUUGUUCUUCUGGGCAUCCUCCUGUUCUUGAAGAUUUGAUGUUACGGAUUUUGAUUGGAGCUUACUGCAUGGUGUGUGUAUGUGAGGUUCCUCAGGAUGGAGACUUCGACAUUCCUUUUCCUCAUGACCUUGAAGUCUGCAGUGUUUGCAAUAUCUUGCUUGGCCUUGUCUUGUUUGCUGUUGCCAGAUCUACUGUUAGCGGUUUUCCAACUGCUGUUGCAAUGGAAAAAACAGCCUCUUUAACAAAGAAAUUUGGAGGCAGUUCAGAAAAGCUUAUCCAAGCUACUGCACAUGAGGUCUCUUCCUUUGGAUUGAACCAUGGAUUCCAUAUGAAAGAUCUCAUUUGGCAAUAUCUAUCAUGUACUUUUAGAUAGUAGACAGGGGUAGACAUCAUUUUAACAUAGUCUUCUAGAAAGUUUAGUCGAAUCAGAAUAUGUCUUUCAUCAAGUACUCCUAUGAUUGGUACACCUUUAAUUCCACACUGUAUUGGAAUUACUCUCCUUAGUUCUUUAAUAUCAAUGUUGUCAUAUGAAAACUUACCUACCACUGCAUAUUGUAGUUUCUCCUUUUCAAUCAUUUGUUGUAUCUCAUUUGAUUUCCAGGCAAUAAAAGGCUCCCCAUUGUUGUA